AUGAGUGCUUGCCGAAGGACCAAAGCCCGACCAGCUGCUGGGCACAUUACCUUUUCGGCGAGUCCUUGUGUUGGAUGUUGCAUCAGUAACGGAGCUUGCAGUGCUGGGAGGGCGAUGUUCAAAAAACGGCGCAUUAUUAUGUCCAUCACUUGUCUUCCAGGCCCAUGCCGUUCAGUACGUUCACUGCUUCUGGCCCUGCUGUGUCUUGGCGCAUGGCCACCCCGUCUGUACAAUUGUGCUUUCGUUGGAGACAGGCUGCCGAUUGCUCGGCUGUGUAGACCAUCGCGGCGCAUUUGUCUUGCCACUGGUGCUACCGAGGAAAGGCGAGUGAACAGCUAUGUGGAUGCGCUCGAAAUCUUGGUCGCCGCUGAGGACGAAGGCCCAGUAAAGGUGCGCAGCAUUUUUCGGCGCCUUGCGCGCGAAAUGCAUCCAGAUGUCGCAGGGGACAGCGCGGAGACAGCGGACAAUUUCAGGGCGUUGUUGGAAGCGUAUACCAUUGUUGAGAAGGGCGGCGGUAGCGCGGCUCUUGAUGCCGCGCGGCGGGGGGAGUACCCUUCACUGGCAAAGGACGUCACCAGCCCCGACGCUCUCAGGACUACAAACAAGUUUCACGGGCGGCGCAGAGACAAGUGCUUCCCUGGAGAGGUUAUUCUGUUCCAGUUUCGAUCGCAGGAUGCGGAGAAGUUUGAUCUCAAGGGCAGCUGCAAGUGGGGUCUGGCCGUGGUGACAUGCGAUGACGGCGGCUUUAUACACGGCCAGCGGCUAGUUUUCGAAGGCAGUGGCGACGGAAAUGAUAGAUACCAAUCGGGGUGGCUCACGACAGACGAUUACGAGGAGGAGGUGCUCAUUGACCCAAUGGCACCGGUGGAGGUGGUGGCCUCCUACACGUCGCAAGAUGGAGCACGAUACCAAGUUACACGCCCAGUUGAUACAACGUACGUCUACGCGCAAUGGUUCGGAUGGGAGUAG